AUGACUCCAGCUUCAUUUAUUCUGAAUGGAGUCCCAGGACUGGAAGACAUACAGGUCUGGAUUUCCUUCCCAUUCUGCUCCAUGUAUAUUGUGGCUAUGGUUGGCAAUUGUGGACUCCUCUACCUUAUCCGCUAUGAGGACUCCCUGCACAGGCCCAUGUACUACUUCUUGGCCAUGCUUUCCCUUACUGACCUUGUCAUGUGCUCCAGUACAAUCCCUAAAGCCCUCUGCAUCUUCUGGUUUCAUCUCAAGGAAAUUGGAUUUGAUGAAUGCCUGGCCCAGAUGUUUUUCAUCCACACCUUCACAGGGAUGGAGUCUGGGGUGCUCAUGCUUAUGGCCCUAGAUCGCUAUGUAGCCAUCUGCUACCCUCUACGCUAUUCAACUAUCCUCACUAAUCCUGUCAUUGUAAAAGUUGGGCUCACCACUUUCCUGAGAGGCGUAUUACUCAUUACUCCCUUUACUUUCCUUACCAAGCGCCUGUCCUAUUGCAGGGGCAAUAUAAUUCCCCAUACCUACUGUGACCAUAUGUCUGUAGCCAAAUUAUCCUGCGGCAACGUCAAGGUCAAUGCCAUC